CGCAGGCGCGCGGAAGCGUCGCUGUAGUACGUGGGUGAGCGGCGUUCUGGGCAGCGCGUCUCUCCUCACUCGUCCCGCGGACAUUGCCCUCCCGGGAGGCUCGGGCUCUCUCCUCUCGGCUUCGGAGGCUGUGACCUCUGACCUCGUCCCCUCCAGAGCAGCCUGUGAGCCCGAGGGGGCAGGUGACGUCACCGGUCACGUGGUGUUUGUUUUUCCCCUUCUCUUGGCCCCGCCCUCCCUGUGGAGUCACGUGCACCGAGCCCCGCCCCCCUCCCCUCCCCUCUCUGACCACCCCCAAGGUUCCCCUCGGGGCCCUGGUUGGGGGCGGGGUUUCUUCUGCUCAGACCAGGAGCUCCUGGGGGGCAGGGACGGCCUAGGCCUCUCCUGGUUUCCCCAGCUAGGUCCGGCCCACGGCGGGCGCCUAAUCAAUGGAGCUUCUUCCCCGCUCUUGUGCCCCAGUGAUUGACAUGUGGGGAGUAGGCCCCCCAGAACGCGAGGGAUCCAAGGCGGGGCCUGUUGGUGCCCCUCUUCAAGGGUCCUCAAGGCUGACAAUUCCUGCCUCCCACGUGCCCCCAGGUCGCCUCCAAGGCCUCUCCUCCUGGCCUUUGCCACCUGGCUUUGCAGCUGCUGGGCGCCCCUUCCUCUCCAGAGCCCCCGUCCUUUCCCAGCCCGUCUUCCUGGGCACUUCGGGGCUUGCCCUCCCAGGCUUCUGCUUCCUUGCUAGCUCCCCCCUCCUUCUCUCCUUCCUGCCCCCUCUUCCAGACCUUUCCCCCAGACCCCCUCCAUCGUCUCCUGGCCCUGCUCACAGAAGCGGUCACGGUCAGCGCGGGGUCUCCAGACCCAGGGACGUGAGAGACCCACGCCCGCCUGCCUGCUUCCUGCGUCUCGCGUGGACAUCGGUCCAUCGGGGGCGCCUCUGCUGUUUCAGGGUCCGGUGACAUAACGGGACGUGUGCGUGCACUUCUCCUGGGAGGAGUGGAGCCGCCUGAGCCCAGCCCAGAGGGACCUGUACCGGGAUGUGAUGCUGGAGAACUACGAGAACCCGGUGUCUGUGGGGCUUCCAGUGUCCAAGCCUGAAGUGAUCUCCCCGUUGGAGAGAGGAGAAGCGCCAUGGACGCUGGGGGCAGGAGUCCCCAGAGGCCCUUGCCCAGAUUACCUGAGUCGGGAGGCUAGAUGCGAAACCAAGGAUUCAGUUCUAACUGAGGGCAUUUGCUCAGGAACAUUGGCCCAAGAAAGAUUGCCAAGGGAUAGUAACUGGUAUUGCAGGAUGGGAGAAUCUGAGGAAUGGGAAAUUAGAUUAGAGAGACAGGAGGGCCACCAGGAGAGACAGUCCCAACAAGUGACAACCACUCCAAAAAAACCUUUUAAUACAAGGAAUGUACAUGCAUGUAGUACAUUGAUUAGUCAUUUGAACCUGGGGCCAAUCUUUUUCCCACAAUGGAAAGAAAGAUUCCAGAAGUAUAAUACAUUUGGAAAGAAAGCCUUUGGCAAAAAAUCACAUCUUAAUAUACAGCAGACAAUUCAUUUUGGAGAAAAUCCCUUUGAAUGUGAUGUAUGUUGGAAAACCUUCAGGAAUAGGGAAACACUGAGUAAACAUCGGAGAACUCACACUGGAGCGAAAUUGUUUGAAUCUACCCAGUCUGGCAAAAGCUUCAGUGAUGAUGCAACAUGUAUUGGACAUCAGAAAACUCAUUCUCAGAGAAAACCCUUUGAAUGUGGUGAAUGUGGGAAAUCCUUAACUACGAAAAAACCCUCACUGAUCAUCAGAGAAUCUUUACUGGAGUGAAACCCUUUGAAUGUAAUGAAUGUGGCAAAGCUUUCUCUAUAAGGACAUCCCUUAUUAGCCAUCAGAGAAUUCAUACUGGAGUGAAACCUUUUGAAUGUAAUGAAUGUGGGAAAGCCUUCACUGAGAGGAGCCACCCUAUUAGCCAUCAGAGAAUCCACACUGGAGUAAAACCUUUUGAAUGUAACGAAUGUCAAAAAGCCUUCACUUGGAGGAGAAAUCUUCUUAGCCAUCAGAGAAUCCACACUGGAGUGAAACCCUUUGAAUGUAAGGAAUGUGGGAAGGCCUUUCUUCGAAAGGCACACCUUAUUAUCCAUGAGAGAACUCAUACUGGAAUGAAACCCUUUGAAUGUGAUAAAUGUGGGAAAGCCUUCAUUCGGAAGGAAUAUCUUAUUACCCACCAGAGAAUCCACACUGGAGUGAAACCCUUUAAAUGUAAUGAAUGUGGCAAAGCCUUCAGAGAGAGGGGCAACCUUAAUAGCCAUAAGAGAAUUCACACGAAAGUGGACCAUUUCAAUAUGAUGAAUGUGGCAAAGCCUUCAGUGAAAGGGACAACCUUAUUAACCACGAGAGAAUUCACGUUGGAUUAAACUAUUGUAAUGAAAUGAAUGUAUAAAAGCCUUCGCUAGCAGGAGAAGCCUCAUCAGCCAUCAGAGAACUCAUACUGGAAUGAAACCCUUUGGGUGUUGUGAAUGUGGGAAAGCCUUUGGUCAGUGUGAAACCCUUAGUAAUCACCAGCAAAUUCACACUGAAAUAAAAAAAAAAACUUUAGUAUGUAAUAAGUAUGGGAAAACUUUUAAUGAUGGGGGUGGGGAGGGACUCUUAAUAAGCUUCAAAAGACUCAGAGCGAAUGAAAUGACAGCAUGAAAAACUUUAGAGAAUUCAGAAUGGAGAGAAAAAAUUUUUAAAUAAAUACAUAAUUAUUUAAAUAUCAUAAGUAAUUAA